UUAUCAGUGGUAAUUUUAUAAAGGCCCUAAAGGAUAAAAUGACAUGCAUGCAUCACAAUUUGUAUUGCUGACAGGGAUUCUGCACUCGACCAGCAGGGGAUUUCAUAAGCACAUGAAGCUCCAAGAAAUUAUUCCUUGAAGCAACUGGCUGCAGCGGUUCACUGCCUCGUGAGGCCUCAACUCACCAUCUUUACAUAUAAGUGUGAAAACACUCCACAGCUUAACAUUAUAUGGAAAAGAUCACUGUACAGGCAUUGUUUUAGAAUGGAAAAUGGAAAACCCUUAUGAAAGUGGAAUGCUCCGCCCCCUCAUUACAUAAGGGGGCGGAGCAUUCCACUGUGACAUCAUCAUCCCAACAUUCUAUUGCUGAUCAAAGAAUCUAGCAUAGCCAGUACUGACUUGGGUGCAGACAGAGCAGCAGUGUUUUUCAACGAGGAAUCAUUGACGAAUACAGGACAGAGAUGAAUCGCUUUGAUUCUAUCAAGAAGGAAUCAAGAUUACCGCCUCUAAGUACCUGGGCAACAUGUAUCGCCGAUAAAAAGGAGAUACAUCGCGAAAAAUGUAAAAGAAUUGUGGCUAAGCAACAUGCUAUGUCACAGAAAGAAGAAGCUGAAAAGAAAGACGAUAUGUACAGACGAAUGCUUAGAACAACAGAAGAGGUGAAAGAAAGUAGGAUAUGGCUACAAAGAAAAAAGGAAAAAGCCGCUUUAAAGUCGCUUGGCCUGAAUGAUGAAGCUCAAGGUAAAGAUGCUCAGUGUAAAUUACCACCUAUAGUAAGCAAGCCACUAUGUAUCGCCCGUAAAAAGGAGAUACAUCGCGAAAAAUGUAAAAGAAUUGUAGCUAAGGAUCUGGAUAUCUUACAGAAAGAAGAAGCUGAAAAGAAAGACGAUAUGUACAGACGAAUGCUUAGAACAACAGAAGAGGUGAAAGAAAGUAGGAGAUGGCUACAAAGAAAAAAGGAAAAAGCCGCUUUAAAGUCGCUUGGCCUGUAUGAUGAAGCUCAAGGUAAAGAUGCUCAGUGUAAAUUACCACCUAUAGUAAGCAAGCCAAGAGAUAUCGCUCUUGAAAAGGAGAUACAUCGCGAAAAGUCUCUGCCUGAGGAAUCUAUGAAACAUGACAGAAAGAGGAUGGAGGGACCGAUGAAAAAAGUAGCUGCGUCAAAUGACUCUCUGGACAAUAAAUAUCCUUCCCCACCAAGAUCUAAAAAGCACACAAAGGAAGACCUGUGUGACACACAAGAGAAGACAAAAGGUAGGUUAACUGAAUCAGCUAAGCAGGACUUGGUAUCAAAUGGUCCGAACGUUAAAGUUGUUAAUCAAAGAACACCUAGAACAUUACAACCUAUACGGAGCGAGCAAACACCUAUCAGCCCUGAAACCAAGAAACCUGAUGAAAAAUGUGAAAGAACUGUUUGUGAUCUUCCGGAUUUCGACAGACACAUUCCAAAUUCUGAUGUACACGCCUGUCUUAUGCAAAUCCCCUAUAUUCCCAUGGACAAGGAGGAGCGUAGUCCAGAUCUACAUGAUCUUUAUCCUACUUUGUUUCCAAGAAAAAUCACAAUUGCUGAAAAAGCCAAGAUCCGGGAGGAAAGGAAAAAAGUUGUUUAUGACCAAAUUACAGAUAUAAACGCAAAAAAAGAAGCCGAGAUGUUCCUAAUGAGGAUAAAGAAUCAUGAAGAAGAGUAUUGGAAGAAAGAAAAUGAUGUGGAUGAUACCGAGCCAGAACCUCUUCACUAUUAUUUUGAAAGGUUAAGAAAGGAAAAAGAAGAAAAAAUUAGAAUUGAAGAAGAACAAAAAAAACAGUUUAAAGAAAAAAUGGAAGCUGAGUUGCAGAAAGCCACGGCCGCACUUACAGAGGCAAGCAAACACAGGUAUUACCGUAAUUCAAAUGUGCCAUUAAGGUUUGAAGAUCCUCCAAUGCCACCACUUGUAAUGAUGCCUACAGACAGUCAUCCAGAGCGAAAUUGGAUCUUUUAGUUAAAUUUAUGCACACCUUUACAGAUAGAUUCAAUAACAUAACUAAUCCAGCAGCUUUGCACAAAUUAAUGGUUUUACUCACUUUUACACAUUAGUUUUAUAUCCUCAUUAGAAUGUGAUAUUGAUAGUAUCCCCCUCUAUUCCUUUCUUUUCCCUUGCUUUAUUUUCCUUUUCUUCCCUUUCCCAUCCUUUUCUUGCUUUAGAUCCUUGUUAGAUUAAUUAAUCUCUUCCGUUUAAUUUUUUCUGUUUACGGUUCUCUCCGGGUUCUCCGGCUUUCCGAAAAAGCCCUUGUAUAUUCAUGUUUGACAAUAGAAAAUUCUAAAUGGUUGCAGGGAUCAAAGUAUUCUAGUCCAGGGCCGGAUUUCUGGCUCGUAGCAAUUGCUCAUGGGUAAAAAAAAAA